UCUGGCCCUUCCUUCUGGACUCCAUUUUCCUCUGAGGUCUGCAGUCUGUGAGGGACCCAGCACCCCACCCAUCUUGCCAAGCCAAGUUCUCCUCCGUCUCAAGUUGAAUCAUUGGUGCCACACAAGAAUCCCAGGUGCUCAAUCAGUGUGGGGUGAACAGAAGGAAAUGUGGCCUGGUGAAGGGCAGAGGAGGGCACUUCUUAACCACAGCUGGGGGCCAGAAGCCUUUGGAAAAUGUUCCUACAGGACGGUGUGCAGCGUCAAUGGGCCCCUGGUAGUGCUGGACCAGGUCAAGUUCGCCCAGUAUGCUGAGAUAGUCAACUUCACCCUCCCCGAUGGGACUCAGAGGAGUGGCCAAGUGCUUGAAGUGGCUGGGACCAAGGCCAUUGUACAGGUGUUUGAAGGGACCUCCGGGAUUGAUUCCCAGAAGACCACCUGCGAGUUCACAGGGGACAUCCUGCGGACUCCAGUGUCAGAGGACAUGCUGGGUCGGGUUUUCAAUGGCUCGGGCAAGCCCAUUGACAAAGGGCCAGUGGUCAUGGCGGAGGACUUUCUGGACAUCAAUGGCCAGCCCAUCAACCCCCAUGACCGCAUCUACCCUGAGGAGAUGAUUCAGACGGGCAUUUCUCCCAUUGACGUCAUGAACAGCAUUGCCCGUGGUCAGAAGAUCCCCAUCUUCUCAGCAGCCGGGCUCCCCCACAAUGAGAUUGCUGCCCAGAUCUGCCGCCAGGCUGGGCUGGUGAAGAAAUCCAAGGCAGUGCUGGAUUAUGAUGAUGACAACUUCGCCAUCGUCUUUGCAGCCAUGGGGGUGAACAUGGAGACAGCCAGGUUCUUCAAGUCCGACUUUGAGCAGAAUGGAAGCAUGGGGAACGUCUGCCUCUUCCUGAACUUGGCCAACGACCCCACGAUUGAGCGGAUUAUCACCCCACGUCUGGCACUGACCACUGCUGAGUUCCUCGCCUACCAGUGUGAGAAGCACGUGCUGGUCAUACUGACUGACAUGAGUUCCUACGCGGAGGCCUUGAGAGAGGUCUCAGCUGCCAGAGAGGAAGUGCCUGGGCGCAGAGGUUUCCCUGGAUACAUGUACACAGACCUGGCCACCAUUUAUGAGCGAGCAGGCCGUGUGGAGGGCCGGGGUGGAUCCAUCACACAGAUCCCCAUCCUCACCAUGCCCAAUGAUGAUAUCACCCACCCCAUCCCAGACCUGACAGGCUUCAUCACAGAAGGACAGAUCUAUGUGGACAGACAGCUGCAUAAUAGACAGAUCUACCCCCCCAUCAACGUGCUCCCUUCCCUGUCGCGACUGAUGAAGUCCGCCAUCGGGGAGGGCAUGACGAGAAAGGACCACGGGGAUGUCUCCAACCAGUUGUACGCCUGCUACGCCAUCGGGAAGGACGUGCAGGCCAUGAAGGCAGUGGUGGGGGAGGAGGCGCUCACCUCCGAGGACCUGCUGUACCUGGAAUUCCUGCAGAAGUUCGAGAAGAACUUCAUCAACCAGGGACCCUACGAGAACCGAUCGGUGUUCGAGUCGCUAGACCUGGGCUGGAAACUGCUGCGCAUCUUCCCCAAGGAGAUGCUGAAGCGCAUCCCGCAGAACGUGAUCGACGAGUUCUACUCCCGCGAGGGGGCGCCGCAGGACACGGUGUCCGACACUGCGCUCUAGCCCGGACGGAGCCUGGCGCAGCUGCACGGUCCGGUUACCCCUGUCUUACGUGCCCGUGGUUGGCCACCUUUCCCCAUUCGCCAUCUGCCUCCCGCCAUCUCCCUCUCCGACGUUCCCCCGCUGCCCGCAAUACCUGAACUCACCACUUCCGCGUCCACCUUCAGACCCCUACAGGCUAUGGGGGCCCCCCAAACUCUGUCUUCCUAGACUUCAGCACUGGGAAAGACCACAAAGGAAAGCCCAUGUCCUACUAUAUUUUUAUUUUAAAUGAUUUUUUUUUUCUGUGAUCGUGAUGCUGCUGCUGGAGACCUAACCCAGGCCCUUGGGCAUGCUAAGCAGCAGUUCUACCACUGAGCCACACCCCCAGCCCUGAAUUUUUAUUUUAAAAGCCCCCAAGAGAGAAGUAACAAAGAUGAAUUAUCUUAAGUGAAAAAGAUUGACAAGAAAAUUUGGUAAUUGUUGAAGGUGCAAGUGAUGGAUGCAUGAAGUUCCUUAUGCUAGUCUUGCUCCUAAAAGGGGAGGGGGGGUGGAUGAGGAGGAAAGGAAGGAAGGAGAGAAAGGAAAAGAACAGAGAAAGAAAAAAAGCUGCAUUAGUGCCUCAAGAGCUGACAAUAGAAUUCCUCUUGGGGGAUGUAUUUGUCCUUUUAAGAGGUAUCUUAUAUGUUUGGCUUUUAAUAGUUCUGCCCCAGAGAAACUGGGGAGGAAUUUGGUUUGCUGCAGACAGGAAGGGAAAAGAGUCCUUAGGGAGAUAGCCCAACAGACAUGACAGCCCGUGCAGAAGGCUGGGAAAGACCCCUAAAAUCAAGAAAUUGGCAAAGAGCAUCCCAAAAUUCAGGAUGCCUGAGGCAUCCUUGGAAAUGACCUACUCUUCUGUGAUGUCCUAUCCUCCUGUCUCUCUACCCCAUCUACAAGAAAGUCAUGAAUAAUUCUUUAAAAAGCUUUGACUGGCUGGGUGCACACGCCUGUAAUCCCAGCAGCUCAGGAGACCGGGAGACCGAAACAGGAGGAUCGCGAGUUCAAAGCCAGACUCAGCAAAGGCAAGGCACUAAGUAACUCAGUGAGACCGUGUCUCUAAAUAAAAUACAAAAAUUGGGCUGGGGAUGUGGCUCAGUGGUUAAGUGUCUCUGAGUUCAAUCCCUGGUACCUGCCCCGCCAAACAAUAAAUAAAAUAAAAAGCUUUGACUGUCCACAGGGCUUAGAGUUGUUUUUAUUUAACAACAACUUUAUUGAGAUAUAAUUCAUACACUAUACAGUUUACCCAUUUAUAAUGGUACUACUUGACAGCAUUUAGUAUACCUACAGAGUUGUGCAACAUUCACUACAAUCAAUAUUUAGAACUUUUUCAUUGUUUCCAAAAGAAAAUUUGUACCCUGAGCCAUCAUCCCUCAACUACUCUCCACCUGUGCCCUCCCCAGCCCUAAGCAACCAUGAAUCUGCUUUUUAUCUCUACAAUUUUGCCUGUACUUGAUAUCUCAUAUAAAUGAAAUUGUACAAUA